AGUGCAUUUCAGGUUAUUUACUGAUAUGCAGCAGUAUUUGUAGGAUAUAUGAAGCUGUGUCAGAUUGUCGUCUCAAAAUUCGUGUACCGGUAUGUUCCUUGUCGACCACGGAGAUAAUUGCGAAUUUGCGACGGAUUACGAGGACCGACCCUUUUCUCAAACCGCGGUUCCGUAUUGACUGAGCACUAUGCGUUCAACUUUCUGAAAAACAUUGGGCCUUGGCUAUCUGUAGCCUCUUUGCCAACAGCAACAAUGUAUCAUGUUAUAAAAGGACUUGUUCUAACAGAAUCCCGAUGCUGGGAUCCCGAUAGUGAAAGGUCAUACCAAGACCUAUUCGAUAAACUGGACACCAACAAGGAUGGGAAGGUCGAUGUUGCCGAAUUGAGAGCGGGUCUAACCGCAAUGGGCAUAUCAUUCCGCAAAGGUGCAGCGCAGACAAUUGUAUCGUCUGGUGACAAAAACAAAGAUGGAGGGCUUGACUUCAAUGAGUUCAACAAAUAUCUGAAAGAACACGAGAAGAAACUGCGCCUGACGUUCAAGAGCUUGGACAAAAACAACGAUGGGCACAUCGAUGCCUCUGAGAUCAAGCAGUCCCUUGAAGAGCUGGGCAUGGACAUAACCAAGGAAGAGGCCCAGACGAUCCUACAAAGCAUGGACAUCGAUGGCACCAUGAUGGUGGACUGGAACGAGUGGAGGGAUCACUUCCUGUUCAAUCCUGCCCAUAACCUGAACGAAAUCAUACGCUACUGGAAACACUCCUCGGUGCUGGACAUAGGUGAGAGCAUUGCCAUCCCUGAUGAGUUCACAGAGGAGGAGAAGACCUCGGGUGGCUGGUGGAAACAGCUGGCUGCCGGGGCGAUGGCUGGGGCAGUCUCUCGCACAGGCACCGCCCCAUUGGACAGGGUGAAAGUCUUCAUGCAGGUCCACUCCUCCAUGUCCAACCGGAUCACCCUGUUGGGAGGAUUCAAGCAGAUGAUUAAGGAAGGGGGCGUGGCCUCAUUAUGGCGAGGGAACGGGGUCAACGUGUUAAAAAUAGCCCCUGAGACUGCUAUCAAAUUCAUGGCCUACGAACAGUAUAAGAAGCUGCUGACACCAGAGGGAGGGAAGGUUCAGACCCACCAGAGGUUCAUGGCUGGCUCUCUGGCAGGAGCCACCGCCCAGUCAUCCAUCUACCCCAUGGAGGUCAUGAAGACCAGACUGACUCUGGGGAAAACUGGCCAGUAUAAUGGAAUGUUUGACUGUGCCAAGAAGAUUCUGAGGAAAGAGGGCAUCAAAGCCUUCUAUAAAGGCUACACUCCCAACAUGAUAGGCAUCAUUCCCUAUGCUGGCAUCGACCUUGCUGUUUACGAGAGCCUGAAGAAUGCAUGGCUGUCCCGCUAUGCCAAAGACACAGCCAACCCUGGCAUCUUGGUGCUGUUGGGCUGUGGCACCAUCUCCAGCACCUGUGGCCAGCUGGCCAGCUACCCCCUCGCUCUGCUUCGCACACGCAUGCAGGCACAAGCAACUCUGGAAGCGUCGGACAAGUCCACCAUGACUGGACUGAUGAAGGGGAUCAUGGCUAACGAGGGUUUCUUUGGACUGUACCGGGGUAUCCUGCCUAACUUCAUGAAAGUGAUUCCUGCUGUGAGCAUCAGCUAUGUGGUCUACGAGUACAUGAAAACCGGCCUGGGGAUCUCCAAAUGAUGCAGGGACAGUCAGACAGGAUGUUAAGUCUUUAGGUCUUUUGGACAGUUUAGUUGGAACUUAGUGAUCCGCACAGACUUUUAUGAUCUCACGUAGACAACCAAACGUUGCCAUCUUGUGAUCACUCUGUGUACUGAGCAUUACGAGGAGAACCAUGAAAUCGAGGUUGGGUCUGAGAUAGGCCAGUAGACUCUCCAAAAAUGAUGCUCUCCUCUUUAACUCAAGGUGAAAUUCCAAUAUGGUACAAUAUACCUGUUAAGAACUGCAUUAUGGAUCUUAAAACAGAGAGGGUGAGAGGACGAGGUAUUGAUGUCUUCAGGUGAACACUGUGGACGAGGUUCAAGAGCUUUGUCAAAACUAUUUUUGUUCCACUGUAAUAUUAAAUGCUCCAUGUGCACAUUUUAGAGAAUCCCACACUACUACAGUUUACUCUAAAAUUCUGUGGUAAAUUGUAGUCUGGGUACCAGUCAAUUUAGCUAACGUUCCACUACCUGUACUCCGUGUCAUAUGCCAAAGAUAUAUUUAUAUGACAUGGAGUAGGCUACAAGGUCGCCAGGUCAAGACUGGUACACAUCAUCAACGACCACUCGGGGUCGAGUACGAUUAUCCUCCUGGUGGGUCCUGCUUUUGGGUCUUCAGAUGGCUGAAGAGGCCGAUCCGGGAGCCACGUAUUUUGAUGCGGUAUGGGCAAGGGUGAGUGGUGGUGGUUGGGCGUUCUUGAUGGGAAGUCUCUCCUUUGUACCAUGCCACUUUGUCAUGGACAGCUUUUCUCCAUGUCGACCUGUCGAGGAGUGGAAUGUUAGCCAAAAAGGCUGGUACCCAGGCUAAGUAUACUGUAGAAUACUAUACUACACACGGUAGUAUCACUCGAUCAUGUGUAAUACUUACUGUAGAAUUCUGUAGUAAAUUGUAGAAUACUAUACUACACACUAGUAUCCCUCGAUCAGGGGUAUUACUUAAUAUAUAAUUUGGUAGUAUACUGUAGAAUACUAUACUACACAGUGUGGUAUCCCUAAUUCAUGUGUAGUAUAAUUAUGUAGUGAACUGUAAAAUAUUUGAAUUUGAAUAUGCCCAGCCAAUUCCCCUCCCCAUAUUCCAAUUUGUGCCACCCGUGAGUGAGAAGCCUACAUGCCAAGUAUAGACCAUAUAUUGUGUUCCCUACAGGUUAUGGAAAAUGUGCUCUUUUAGUAUUUGUCCAGUAGGUUUCCUCAAGGAGAAAGCCCCCACUUCUAUAUCAAAGAGAAUAAAACAAAAGCACUAUAGUAAAUACUACAGUAAUGUCUGAAAAAACACCACAGUAAAUACUAUAGUAUAUAUAAAAAAUAUAAAAAAGUAAUAUUACAGUAUUUAUGCUAUAAUAAAUUGUAAAUACUAUAGUAUAUUAGUAAUAUAUGCAUAAAACACUAUAGUAAAUAGUACAGUAAUGUCCACAGAACACUGCAGUACAUACUAUAGUUUUUUAACUAUAAUAAUACUACAGUAUUUAUAAGUGUGCCUUACCCUCAGUUCAAUAUCAUAUUUUUCUAUUUUAUUUGGUUGGUUCUAUUUAUUUUUACAGGUUAGUGUCAUUUACAACUGCUGUUUCAAUGCUGUGUUUUCAUGUGUUUUAACAGUUUUAGCAGAUGAUUUACAAACAUGUCAUUUUUUACUUUAUGCUUUUCUUGAAAGACAAUGCCUACCUUGUUGUUGUUGUUGACUGUUAAGCUGAAUCUCAAGCAAAAAAUAUUCAUAGUUACAAAAGCUAGCAUGCAAAUAUUGUCUGUGAAUCAUUACUGGAGCUAAGGGGGGAAGUCUUAAACAAUUCUGCCUCUUUUUUUGCUAAGCUUGACUGAAAUUCAAGUAGGUUGUGUACACUGUCAAUACUGGUUUCCAAUUCAGAAUCACUUCAGGAUCCCCCCUACACACACACACACACACACACACACACACUCCAUAUGCAUGCCAUGCACCCACUAAACAUUUUUACUACUUGAGGCCAAUGGUUAUGUUGCCUCAAUGUCUUAUGUCUUAAUUAUGUUUGAAUAUGUAAUAGGUCUACUAUACCUGAAUCGAUUGACAUUGUGAGAGUUGUAUGAAUGUUCUCACAAAGCUUAGACUGAAAGGAAAGCAAUGCAUGUGUUAUGGGUCCAAACAAAUGUUAACAGAUGGUUGUCCACGUAUAAAUAUUCACAAUGGAAUAUUUACAACUUCAAUUUAAAUGAAUAGUGCAAAGCCAAAUGUUCAAUGCUGUGUGCAUGUCGCAUCUACAGGUCUUGCAGUGCACGUUUGUGAAUGCUUGUUGCGCGAAUGAUUUAAUUGAACUGUGUCAAUCAACUCUAGAUCAUUGUCAUCCCCGUGGAGACAUCCAAAAACGUAUCCAAUCAUUUUACAGUGUAACUUUUUUAUUAUUCAUAAUACAAAAAUCAACAACUUCCAUUGCUACAUCAAACAUGUUAGAGU